CAAAAACGGAAUUUUGUGUGCGGAAUAUAUGGUGAUUAAGGGGUACAAAUACAUCCUUUGUUCGGACUUCCAAGCAGGGAACUGUCGAAAGAAAAACUGCCGGCUACUGCACGCUAUGCAUUGCAAAAGUAUCGUCCUAGUAUGAAUUGCAUAUACAAAUUUUGGUAAGAACGACCAAAAUGGAAUUUGUAAUGCUGAUUCCGGUUGGCAAAAAUAUUUUGCAUGCACCACUGCAAGUUAAUACACGAGCGCGAUACUUUUGCAAUCCAUACACGCGAGCCCCGCAAUUUACCCCGAGCAGCGCGAUAUCGAAGCGUACGACCAGUAUCAUACGAAGACAG